AUGCCUCGCUGGCUCAUCCACCACAGUCCCAACACCCUCACCCCCGAGGAGAAAUCUCACCUCGCCCAACAAAUCACCCAGGUCUACGUCCGCUACGGCCUCCCGCCCUUCUACGUACAGGUCCACUUCACCGAACAGCCAGCGGGCACAUCCUUCAUCGGCGGCGAGCAGAACCCCAACUUCGUGGCACUGACCAUCUACCACCUGGCACGGACGAUGACCACCGAGCAGCAGAGGCAGGGGUUCCUGAAACACAUCGACGGUGUUCUGACGCCGAUGUUUGAGCCCAAGGGGAUCGACUGGGAGUAUUUUGUGACCGAGGUGUCGAGGGAUCUGUGGAAGAUUAACGGGCUUGUGCCGCCACCUGCUGGAUCCGAGGAGGAGAAGCUUUGGGUUAGAGAGAAUAGGCCUGUGAGGCUUUGA